UAUUUUCAAAAAAAUUAGAAAAUUAAAAUAAGCAAAAAAAAACAAAGAUAGAGAGAAUUAUCUCUCUCUCUCUCUCUCUCUCUCUCUGCUGCUGCGCCUUGUCGCUGUUAAAAAACGUAAUAGUGGUGUUUAACUUCCAGACAGUAGAAGAAGAAAGCUUCGAUCUUUUGUUUUCAAUUGGUGACAUUAUCGGAUCUUAAAGCUUCUUCAGACAGGCAGGUCUCCACUCCAUUCAUCGGACAAAGGUGGUGGUGGUGGUCUCUGUAUCCUGAGACUGUGUGUGUGUUAUGGUGCUGAUUUUGUAAUGGAGAAAGGCAAGAGUGAGUCAUCUGAGAGAAGCUUUGGUGAAUCAGACUCUGUAGUCUCUUCACAAUCUGACAUUCAACCUGAGAGUACAAUGGAGACUCAUGAAGAUGAGACAAAACAACCUGAGGAGGCUUCUCUUGAAGUGGAAACUGAGAAAGAAGAUUUGAAAGAUAGCAUCAGGACUCUAACUGAGAAGCUCUCAGCUGCUCUUGCUAAUGUGAGUGCUAAGGAUGAUCUGGUGAACCAACACGUCAAAGUAGCUGAAGAAGCUGUCGCUGGAUGGGAGAAAGCUGAGAACGAAGCUGUGGAGUUAAAGGAGAAGCUCGAAGCUGCGGAUGAGAACAAGAGAGUGUUGGAAGAUAGAGUGAGCCAUCUCGACGGAGCUCUCAAGGAGUGUGUCAGACAGCUACGCCAAGCGAGAGACGAGCAAGAGCAGAGGAUCCAAGACGCUGUCACCGAGAAGACGCGAGAGCUGCAAGCUUCUAAAACCGACCUCGAAGGGGAGCUUCUCGAAGCUGCAACCAAGUCCGAGGAGCUUGCAACAAUGGCCGAAUCCGUGGCUAGAGAAAACGUGAUGCUGAGACACGAGCUCAUCGCUCGUUGCGAGGAGCUGGAGAUCAGAACGAUAGAGAGAGAUCUGAGCACGCAGGCGGCUGAGACCGCUAGCAAGCAGCAGCUGGAUGUGAUCAAGAAAGUGGCGAAGCUAGAGGCUGAGUGUAGGAAGCUUAGGACGAUGUUGUCGUCUAAAUCUUCGUUUAAUAAUGAUCAUCGGUCUACAGAUAGUCAUUCAGAUGCGAGCUGCUCUGAGUCAGGUGCAUCAACCACGGUUAUUGAGAAGAGAAGCCUUCAGGGAACUGCUUCUUCUUCUGCCAUUGAGAUUGAUCUCAUGGGUGAUUUUCUUGAGAUGGAACGACUUGUAGCUUUGCCUGAGACUCCACCAAGCGGUAAGAGUGGACCUGAGUCUGUCACAGAAGAAGCUGUUGUUGUUCUAACGGAUAACUCGUUGGCUGCUGAGAUAGAAGCGUUGACUGGCCGGAAUAAAGAACUUGAAGAGAAGUUGGAGAAGUUAGAAGCUGAGAAAGGUGAGCUAGAAAGCGAAGUCAAGUGUUGCAGAGAAGUGGAGAACACACUUAGAUAUGAGCUGGACGCUAUCGUAUGUGAUAAAGUGGAGCUGGAAAGUAAGCUGGAGAAGUUGAAAGUAGAGAAAGAUAAGCUUGAAAGCAAAGUUGAAUCUGAGAGAGAAGUGGAGAGCACGUUGAGAUUCGAGCUUGAAGCAAUGGUUAGUGAUAAACUGGAGCUGGAAAGUAAGCUAGAAAAGUUAGAAGCAGAGAGAGGUGAGCUUGAAAGCAAAGUUAAAAGUGAUAAAGAAGUGGUGAGCACUCUGAGACUUGACCUUGAAGCUACAGUUAGUGAUAAAGUAGAGCUGGAGAAUAAGUUAAACAAGUUAGAAGCAGAGAAAGAUGCACUGAGAGUUGAGCUUGAAGGCAUAGUUUGUGCUAAAGCGGAGGUGGAGAACAAGUUGGAGAAGGUGGAGGUUGAGAAAGCUGAGCUGCAGAUAUCUUAUGACGUAAUCAAAGACAAGUACAAAGAAUCUCAAGUUUGUCUACAAGAUAUUGAGACAAAGCUAGAGGAGAUACAGAGGGAGAUGAAACUGGCUAAUGAAUUAAAAACAGAAGUUGAGACACAGAUAGAAUCCAUGGAAGCAGAGGCAGAGGGUAAUCAGAAGAAGAUUGAGUGUUUGGAAGAAGAGGUGAGAAAGGAAAGGUUAGCUUCUGAUGAGCUUAGAAGAAAAUGUGAGGCUCUUGAAGAAGAAGUCACUCUCCAUCAAGAAAGCGCUGUAGGACAACCAAAGAUCAAACAGGAAGACAUGGCAACAGCUGCAGGGAAACUAGCAAACUGUCAGAAGACAAUAGCUUCGUUGGGGAAACAGUUACAGUCUCUGGCGACGCUUGAAGACUUCUUGGUCGAUACAGCGAGCAUUCCAGUGGCUGCUACUAAUGGUGUAAGCAACAGCACAGAGAGUUGGAGAGUACACAAGAAUGAUACUUACAUGGCAAGCAUGAAACCUACCAAAGAAACAUCAUCUUCUGAUACUGCUUCAUCAAACAGAGGGAGUUCUGAGAAGAACCGGAACGGAUUUGCCAAAGUGUUUACUCGGAGUAAAGAUGGGAUACAUUUGGUGAUUUAGCAAUAACUUUCUUUGGCACUAGGCAAGAGGAAACAAUCUUUUAGGUUUAAAAAGAGUUAAAAACACCUCUUUUGUAUGUUCCAUUUCCAGAUUUUGAAAUUGGUUUUGUAGUUUAAUGAUAGUGUUAUGCAGAGGAUCUUUGGUGAAAUGAUGGAUGUGUGUUUUUUUCACAA